UACGACAGCCACAGACGUGAGUAAUGAUCACGUGAUGUUUCAAGAUGGCGACUCGAGAACCACCCCCAUUUGAAGAUCAAGAAUAUGAAGAAAACGAACAGGAUAAUGAUGAUUUGUUUUCUUCUCCACCAGAGACAAAAGCCCCUGAACAGAAGGCUGUUAUGGAAGAAGUGGAUAUGAAUGAUAGUAAAGAUGAUGAUGAUAAGGAUGAUCUUUUUGCAGAUGCUAACACAGAAGUCCCAUUAAAUGACAGUGCAGACAAGCCUGCAGAGGUUGUACCAGAGGAACAAAAAGAAGAUCCAACACCAGAGGAUGAAAAGAAAGACGAUGAUGAAGAUGAUAGUGAUAAGGCACCAGCAACAACAGAGGUGUCUGUGACCUCGGCUUCUGCUGCAGCACCCACCACAACUAAAACUACCACUACAGCAUCUGCAUCUGCAGGGAAAUCAAAAGAAGAAAAGGAGGAGGAGGAAGGAGGUGACAAGUUCAGUUUAGAGAUCAGUGUUGGUAACCCACACAAGAAGGGAGAUGGCAUGAGUUCCUAUAUGGUGUAUGAUGUUAACACAAAGACAACCAUUCCAGCUUUUCAAAAGUCUGAUUUCUCAGUUACCAGACGUUUCAGUGAUUUCCUUGGCCUCCAUGAUAAGUUGACAGAAAAACACCUGAUGUUAGGACGCAUUGUACCACCAGCUCCAGAGAAAAGUGUCAUAGGUAUGACAAAGAUAAAGAUGUCCAAGGAAGACCAGGGUUCAUCUGAAUUUGUGGAAAAAAGAAGAGCUGCAUUAGAAAGAUACCUGAAUCGCACAGCAGCACACCCAGUAUUGAGAAUGGAUCCUGAUUUCCGAGAGUUUCUGGAGCUGAAUGGGGACCUUCCCAAGGCCACUAAUACAUCAGCUCUGAGUGGGGCAGGAGUGAUGAGGCUUUUUAAUAAAGUUGGUGAUGCCGUAGGAAAGAUAACCUUUAAAAUGGACGAGACUGAUCAGUGGUUUGAAGAGAAACAGCAGCAAGUGGAGAGCUUGGACACCCAUUUAAGAAAAUUGCAUGGAAGUGUAGAAGCUUUGGUAGUUCAUAGAAAAGAUUUGUCACAGAUGACUGGAUCAUUCGCCAAGAGUGCUGCCAUGUUGGCUAAUGCAGAAGAGCACACGGCGUUGUCUCGUGCAAUUUCCCAGCUGGCAGAGAUUGAGGAAAAGAUAGAGCAGUUGCAUGAAGAUCAGGCCGACACAGACUUCUAUGUAUUUGCUGAGCUUCUGAAAGACUACGUAACACUUAUAGGAGCUGUCAAGGAUGUUUUUAACCAGAGAGUAAAGGUCUAUAAAGCCUGGAAGGAGGCCGAAUCAAUGCUGAACAAAAAAAGAGAAGCCAAGGUGAAACUGGAAUUAGCCCACAAAUCUGACAAAAUUCCACAAGCUCAGUCAGAAAUAGAGGAGUGGGAGGGAAAAGUAGAAAAAGGUCAAGAGGACUUUGAAAAAAUAUCAGAAAAUAUCCGAAAGGAGGUGGCCCGCUUCGACAAAAAGAGAGUGCGAGAUUUUAAGAUAACUAUAAUCAACUAUCUUGAAACUCUUAUGAAUAAUCAGCAACAGCUGAUCAAGUACUGGGAAACAUUCCUUCCAGAAGCAAAGGCAAUUGCUUGAUAAAAGUAGGAAUUGGAAAGAAAGACAAAAAUAAACAGAGACUGAUCUUUGUUUGACACUUGAAGAGACUUUUAAGUAUCAUUACUGUACAUAACUAUGAAAUAUUAUUGGCACUGAAAUCAUGUCAAUCUGCCGUUGUUAUUUACCCAUCAUUGAAAAUGAAUAUAUUUACCCAUCAGAAGUCGUGAGAUUUUGAACAAGUGUUUAAGGAAUAAAUUGCCAGUUAGGAAAACUCUUGCAAAGAGAAAAUAUGUAUGUUCAUUCAUGUAUGAAUCUUUAAGUAGAUGCUGCACAUUGAAAUGUAUAACAGUAGUUCAAACCUGAGACAAAUUGAAUGUAAAUCUACUUUCCACUUUAAGUUGUAUCGCUUAGCGUAGACAUUGCUGCGGUUAACCUGAUGAAUGACUUAAUGGUGGAGCUGAUUGACUGUUCAUCAAAUUUAUUAUCAUUUGGUAUAAUUGAGCAAAGAUGUAAGAUAUGAUAAAGAUAUGAAAAAGUUAUUUGUGUUUCAGUGUUGAAGUACCCAUAUUGCUGGCUUGUCCUCAUAUAUAAAGAUGUUCUGUUUCA